UUUCAUGAAUAUUGUAUUCAACAGACAUCAUAUCGACAAAUAACCAAUAUAAAUACAUAACGAAAAGUAAAGUUCAGGCAAUCAAGCUGUAGAUAACACAGGAAUGGAUAAGACACGAAAAUCAUUCACGGAAGCAAACUCAAAGCUGUCCAGGAGUAUCAAAAUUACUGAUCUAAUUGGUCGUGCAGAAAAGUUCACAGAAAAUAAAGUAAAGCAAGACGCAAAAGUUUCUGAUGAAAAAAAAACUCAUGAUGGGGUGCCUACUUCAGGAUUGAUCCGUGAAAGUAAAAAUGUUCCAGGAAUUCGUGAUACUUCAGAUUUUAUUAACUCGAAAAUAAUCGCACGUUAUGAUUCAAAGCUAGUCCGUACAAAACUCUUUUUAGAUCACCGUGGCACAGAGAAGAAUUUGGAUUCUACAAUUCAGAAUUCAGGAAAGUGUUGUUUUUUAACUGCACAAAGAUCAACAAGUCCACCAAAUAUAUCUGCAGAGGUUAAAGAAAAGAUAUUUCAUAAGUCAUCUGGUCUAACAUAUACAACAAACGCAACCUUCAGUCCUCACGACCAACGUGCAUAUUUGCGAAUAAAAAAUGCACCACAAAUUUCAUCAGAACAAACUUAUCGUAUCCCAAGUCGUAGCUUGGGACCCUCCGGUUCAACACCAUCACCUCCCAUUUCUCCACCACACGAAAAACAGCAAAGUCCCACCAUUAAUGUAAACGCAAAACCGCAACAUCUUUCAUCAGAAAAAAAUCCACAUACCACAUGUCGUUAUUUGCGACCCUCCCGUUUGGCGGCAAUACCUCCUCCAUUAGUAGCAUAUAACAUAGCAAGUCCAAUUUCUCAUAGUGCUGCCGAGGAUGUACCACAAAAUUUAUCCUUGGAGCAAAAUCCGUUUACUAUAUACCGCAAUAAACGACGCUCUCUUGGCGCCCGACCGCGUGCUUUAUAUGUACAAUACGAAACAUCAAACCAAGAAACUCAUCAACCCUUUGAGGUCAAGUCUCAAGAACUUUCCUCAGCACCACCAUCUUCAACUAUACCAUCGCGUCGUACUGUAGAAGCUAUACAACAACACCUUCCGUCAGAACGGCCCAGAUCACAACCACAAACACCGCCACUAUCGACAAUACCACCACUAUCAGUACUACCACCACUACCACCAGCACAGCCACCAUCAUCAUUAGCACCACCACUACCGCCAAAACCACCACUACCAUCUGUACCACACAAAAAUGAAAAACCAACUUCGCAUUGCAGUAAAGAGGACAAACCACAACAUCUUUCAUCAGAACCAACUUCGGUUAACGCAUGCCGUUAUAUACAUCUCAAUCGUUUGCCCCCACCACUACCUCAAUCUAAACCAGAUGAACCAUCAAAACCAAUUUCUUACUCAUCUAAAGAACAUAUAUCUGAGAAACCUUCUUCAGCACACUCCCACUUAUCGGUCCCAUUACCACCAGCUCUGCCAUACGAAACUGUGAAGUCAAUUCCUGAUUGUUCUGUAAAAGCUAAACCACAACAACUUCUCACAGAUAAGCAUACAGUGCGCACUAACGUUCAAACUAAUUCGACAUCAAAAUACGCAGAAAAAAUUCUAAUGACUUCAAGUCGUGUCUUAGAAAGUUCUUCCUUAGCGCCGCCACUAACAUCUGUACCAUACAAAAGAUGCAAAUUAAUUUCUCACACCAGUGAAGAGGAUAAGCCACAACACCUUUCAUCAGAACCAUCUUCGCUUAACGCAUGCCGUUAUAUACAUCUCUCUCGUUUGCCCCCACCACCACCUCAAUCUGAAUCAGGCGAAAAAUCGAAGCCAAUUUCUCAUUCAUCUGAAGAACAUAAAUCUGAGGAACCUUCUUUAGUACACUCCCACUCAUCGGUACCAUUACCACCAGCUAUAGCUCAGGAAACAAUAAAGAUAAUUCCUAAUCGUUCUGUGGAAGCUAAACCACAACAACUUAUUCCAGACAAGCAUACAACGAUCCAUAAAGUUCCAACUAAUUCGAAAUCACAAUACGCAGAAAAAAUUCCAAUGACUGCAAGUCGUGUAUUAGAAAGUUUUUCCUUAGCGCCACCACCAUCACUACCAUGUGUACCACACAAAAGAAGAAAACUAAUUGCUCGUAGCAGUGAAGAGGAUACACCACAACAUCUUUCAUCAGAACCAACUUUGGUUAAUGCACGCCGUUAUACACAUAUCUCUCGUUUGCCCCCACCACCACCUCAAUCUGAACCAGACGAAAAAUCGAAGCCCGUUUCUCAUUCAUCUGAAGAACAUAUACCUGAGGAACCUCCUUUAGGACACUCCCAUACAUCGGCACCAUUACCACCAGCUAUACCAUACGAAACUGUGAAGUCAAUUCCUGAUUGUUCUGUAAAAGCUAAACCACAACAACUUCUCACAGAUAAGCAUACAGUGCGCAAUAAAGUUCCAACUAAUCCGACAUCAACAUACUCAGAAAAAAUUCCAAUGACUUCAUGUCGUGUCUUAAAAAAUUCUUCCUUAGCACCGCCACCACCACCACUACCAUCUGUACCACACAAAAGAAGCAAAUUAAUUUCUCACACCAGUGAAGAGGAUACACCACAACAUCUUUCAUCAGGUAAAUAUACAAGAUCAUACACAGCACCUACUAAUUUACUAUCACAAUUCAAAAAACCAACUUCGCUUACCGCAUGCCGUUAUAUAUAUUUCUCCUAUUGGCCCCAACCACCAUUUCAAUCUGAACCAGAUGAAAAAUCAAAGCCAAUUUCUCAUUCAUCUAAAGAACAUAUAUCUGAGAAAUCUUCUCUAGUACACUCUCACUCAUUGGUACUAUUACCACCAGCUAUACCUCACAAAGCAAUAAAGUUAAUUCCCGAUCGUUCUGUGGAAGCUAAACCACAACAAUUUGUCACAGAUAAGCAUACAGUGCUCAAUAAAGUUCCAACUAAUUCGACAUCAAAAUACGCAGAAAAAAUUUUAAUGACUUCAAGUCGUGUCUUAGAAAGUUCUUCCUUAGCGCCGCCACUAACAUCUGUACCAUACAAAAGAUGCAAAUUAAUUUCUCACACCAGUGAAGAGGAUAAGCCACAACACCUUUCAUCAGAACCAUCUUCGCUUAACGCAUGCCGUUAUAUAUAUCUCUCUCGUUUGCCCCCACCACCACCUCAAUCUGAAUCAGGGGAAAAAUCGAAGCCAAUUUCUCAUUCAUCUGAAGAACAUAAAUCUGAGGAACCUUCUUUAGUACACUCCCACUCAUCGGUACCAUUACCACCAGCUAUAGCUCAGAAAACAAUAAAGAUAAUUCCUAAUCGUUCUGUGGAAGCUAAACCACAACAACUUAUUCCAGACAAGCAUGCAGUGCUCAAUAAAGUUCCAACUAAUUCGAAAUCGCAAUACGCAGAAAAAAUUCCAAUGACUGCAAGUCGUGUAUUAGAAAGUUUUUCCUUAGCGCCACCACCAUCACUACCAUGUGUACCACACAAAAGAAGAAAACUAAUUGCUCGUAGCAGUGAAGAGGAUACACCACAACAUCGUUUGCCCCCACCACCACUUCAAUCUGAACCAGACGAAAAAUCGAAGCCCCUUUCUCAUUCAUCUGAAGAACAUAUACCUGAGGAACCUCCUUUAGGACACUCCCAUACAUCGGCACCAUUACCACCAGCUAUACCAUACGAAACUGUAAAGUCAAUUUCUGAUCCUACUGCAAAAGCUAAACCACAACAAUUUGUCACAGAUAAGCAUACAGUGCGCAAUAACGUUCCAACUAAUCCGACAUCAAAAUACUCAGAAAAAAUUCCAAUGACUUCAUGUCGUGUCUUAAAAAAUUCUUCCUUAGCACCGCCACCACCACCACUACCAUCUGUACCACACAAAAGAAGCAAAUUAGUUUCUCACACUAGUGAAGAGGAUACACCACAACAUCUUUCAUCAGGUAAAUAUACAAGAUCAUACACAGCACCUACUAAUUUACUAUCACAAUUCAAAAAACCAACUUCGCUUACCGCAUGCCGUUAUAUAUAUUUCUCCUAUUGGCCCCAACCACCAUUUCAAUCUGAACCAGAUGAAAAAUCAAAGCCAAUUUCUCAUUCAUCUAAAGAACAUAUAUCUGAGAAACCUUCUCUAGCUAUACCUCACAAAGCAAUAAAGUUAAUUCCCGAUCGUUCUGUGGAAGCUAAACCACAACAAUUUGUCACAGAUAAGCAUACAGUGCUCAAUAAAGUUCCAACUAAUUCGACAUCAAAAUACGCAGAAAAAAUUCCAACGACUUCAGGUCGUGUCUUAGAAAGUUCUUCCUUAGCGCCGCCACCACCAUCACUACCAUCUGUACCAUCCAAAAUAGGAAAAUUAAUUUCUCAUAUUAGUGAAGAGGAUAAACCACAACAACUUUCAUCAGAACCAUCUUCGCUUAACGCAUGCCGUUAUAUACAUCUCUCUUGUUUGCCCCCACCACCACCUCAAUCUAAACCAAACGAAAAAUCGAAGCCCGUUUCUCAUUCAUCUAAAGAACAUAUAUCUGACAAACCUUCUCUAGGACGCUCCCAUACAUCGGCACCAUUACCACCAGCUAUACCAUACGAAGCCGUAAGGUUAAUUUCUGGUCGUUCUGUGCAAGUUAAACCACAACAACGUAUCACAGAUAAGCAUGCAGUGCUCAAUAAAAUUCCAACUAAUUCGAAAUCACAAUACGCAGCAAAAAUUCCAAUGACAUCAGGUCGUGUCUUAGAAUGUUCAUCCUUGGCGCCGCCACUACCAUCACUACCAUCUGUACCAUACGAAAUAGGAAAACUAAUUUCUCAUAACAGUGAAGAGGAUAAACCACAACAUAUUUCGACAGAACUGACUUCGCUUAUCGCAUGCCGUUAUAUACAUCUCUCUCGUUUGCCCGUACCACCUCCUCCAUCUGCACCAUGCGCAACAUCUGAACCAAUUUCUCAUCGUACUGCAAAGGCUAGGCCACAACUUUGUCCUGGACCCGCUCGCUCAAUACCGCCACUUUCUUCAUCAUUAUCAGACGAAAAAGCACAGUUAACUUCUCAUCGUACUAUGGAAGCUAAAUCAAAACCUCUUCGCUCAGGACUUUCCAGCUCAUUACCAGUACCUCCAAUAUCUGCAUCAAAUGCAUUAGCAAUGCAAACUUCUCAUCGUUCCGAAGAAGUUAGAUCAAAACAUCUUUCCUCAGAAAAAAUAUCACUUACUACAUGUUGCAAUUCAGAACCAUGCCAAUCACCUUGUUUACCUGUAUUACACCAAACAUCAAAGCGUGUUUUUCAACGUACUGCAAAAGCUAAACCGAAAAAACUUUCUGUAGCACCACCGCCUCCAUCCGUAACAUGUGCCACAUCCAACCCAGGCUCUAAUCGUGCUGUACAUAUUUUUUCUUCAGAACAUAUUUCACUUACUACAUGCUGUAAUUCCGAAGCCUCCUGCACAUCACAAGCAAUUCUCCCAUCCGCACAAUACAAAACAUUACAGUCACGUUCUCAUCAAACUGCAAAGUCUAGAACACAACAACUCUCCUCUGUACAAAUCCCAUUUAAUGCAUGUCGUGAUAUAGGAUCCUCCUGUUCAUCAUCAAUACCUCCUUCAUCAGUAGCAUACAGUUCAUCAAAGCCAAAGUCUCAAUUAGCAUCGCAACUUUCACCUAUUCAUUGUGCAGAAUCAUGUAAUUAUCUGUCGCCACAGAUUGGCACACAUUCCAGUAUGGUACUGCCGCUGAAAAAUCAAGAUAAUCCAGUGUGCGGACAAGUACCCAUUAAUCGAGACCCUAAAUUUUGUGGACAAUUAAUUAAUUUGAAGAAGGUACCAGAUGCUACAGCUAUAAAAACCAUUUUGGAGCGCACGAAGAUGAAGUUGCAAAUAAAUGAAAAAAAACCACGUCCAUGCAGUAGGAAAGCUAAUAUCAAAAAAUUGCAACGAAUGCAGUUGAUACCAAAGAAACCCAUUCGCAACUGGAAUCCUAUAAAAUUAAGUCGCAGCAUUGGUGAUUUUAAAAUUCCAAAAAUAAAAAGACCUGACUGUCCAACAGAUGAACCAUCAACAUCAAAUUGCAAAAACAGUAAAAUAAUUACCGACAAUGUUUCUCUUAUCCUAAAUCUUCGAGAUAUGUCACAUUUAUUUUCAUCGCCUAUACGCACAAAACAUUCAAAUGAAAGUCACCAUAUUACUAAAGUACUCGGAGAUCCAGAAAUAGCCGUAAAAAAAAUGCGUUCCAUGUACCUAAGAAAGAAAUAAUAAUGCAUGCAGGCAACUAAAUAUACUAUAUUUUAAGCUGAUUCGAAUGUAAUUGAGCUCUAUAUGACAAUCUAAUAACACAAAGAAACCCAUUUUGGUUAAUUUUGAAGUAGGGCUGUUCUAUUGUUUCCAUAUAUUUUAAACUAAAUUGUGAAAAAACCCGUGCUAUUAUAAUGAUCGGGUAAAACUAUGUUUAUAAAAACGUUGUCAUUAUAACAGACAAUACUUUAUGAAAAUUACAAAAUUCUUAAUAAU